CACUGCUUAGCUUAGUCCGGAGUCACCUGCUUGACUCCUAGAAUCCGCUGGUCUCCUCCUCCUCGUCCUCGUUUUCUUUUAUAAACCUCUCAUCCCCAAACCCCAUCUGCCAAUCCAUCAGCUCUAAACCCACCUCCCCCCAAAAAGAAAAAGAAAGAAAAAAACAGAAGCAGCUUGAUCCUCCAUACCCAAGAUUAGCUUCUUUCUAAUUACUGUUAUUGAUUGAUUGAUUGAUUAAUGGCUGACGAAGCCAAGGCCAAGGGCAACGCCGCCUUCUCUGCCGGAAAGUAUGACGAGGCCAUCCGCCACUUCACGGAGGCUAUUAAUUUCUCCCCAACUAACCACGUCCUCUACUCCAAUCGAUCCGCCGCCUAUGCUUCUCUUGGUAAGUAUUCCGACGCGCUCCCCGACGCCGAGAAAACCGUCGAGCUUAAACCCGACUGGUCCAAGGGCUAUUCCCGUCUCGGGGCGGCUCAUUUAGGUUUGCGUCGCUACGACGACGCCGUUUCGGCGUACAAAAAGGGUCUUGAGAUUGACCCCAAUAAUGAUGCUCUUAAAUCUGGGCUUGCUGAUGCUCAAUCUGCUCAGGCCCGAUCCAGGCCCGCGCAGCAACCUCCAAGCCCGUUUGGGGAUGUUUUCUCCGGGACGGAGAUGUGGGCGAAGCUUACGGCGGAUCCCUCAACGCGGGCUUUGCUCCAACAGCCUGAUUUUGUGAGGACUAUGCAGGAUAUUCAGAAAAAUCCCAGCAGUUUGAAUAUGUAUCUCAAGGACCAGAGGGUAAUGCAGGCUCUCGGGGUGUUGUUGGGCUUGAAGUUGAAUGCGAGAGGUGGGCCAGAGGAAGAUACCGAAAUGCCCGAGUCGUCGCCGGAGCGCAAGAGGCCUGCGGAGGCUGAGCCUGUGAAGGAGGAGAAGAGACCUGAGAAGGCGCCCGAGCCCGAGCCGGAACCGGAACCAAUGGAGCAUUCAGGGGAAGAAAAGGAGGUUAAGGAGAGGAAAGCCCAGGCCCAGAAGGAGAAGGAAGCUGGGAAUGCUGCCUAUAAAAAGAAGGAUUUCGAAGCUGCAAUCCAGCAUUACACUAAGGCUUUUGAGCUUGAUGAUGAGGAUAUUUCCUUCCUUACCAAUAGGGCAGCAGUAUACUUGGAAAUGGGGAAGUAUGAGGAUUGCAUUAAAGACUGUGACAAAGCAGUUGAAAGAGGAAGAGAGCUGAGGUCGGACUUCAAGAUGAUCGCAAGGGCUCUGACAAGAAAGGGAACUGCCUUAGUCAAGAUGGCAAAAUGUUCAAUGGAUUAUGAACCUGCUAUUGAGACUUUCCAGAAGGCACUGACAGAGCACCGCAAUCCUGACACACUGAAGAAGCUCAAUGAAGCUGAGAAGGCAAAGAAAGAACUAGAGCAACAGGAGUAUUUUGAUCCACAGAUAGCUGAUGAGGAGCGUGAAAAAGGGAAUCAGUAUUUUAAAGAGCAGAAGUUCCCAGAAGCUAUCAAGCACUACACAGAAUCCAUCAAGCGGAACCCAAAAGAUCCAAGGGCUUAUAGUAACAGGGCUGCUUGCUAUACAAAGCUAGCGGCUUUACCUGAGGGAUUGAAAGAUGCUGAAAAGUGCAUUGAGCUUGAUCCGACAUUUGUCAAGGGGUAUACAAGAAAGGGUGCUGCCCAGUUUUUGAUGAAAGAAUAUGAAAAGGCUUUAGAAACAUACCAGGAAGGAUUGAAGCUUGAUCGCAACAACCAGGAAUUGUUAGAUGGCGUUAGAAGAUGUGUCGAACAAAUUAACAAGGCAAGCCGCGGGGAUCUAACCCCUGAGGAGCUAAAGGAGAGACAGGCCAAGGCAAUGCAGGAUCCUGAAAUCCAAAAUAUCCUCACUGAUCCAGUAAUGAGACAGGUGCUGAAUGACUUCCAGGAUAAUCCAAGAGCAGCACAAGAACACACGAAGAACCCUCUUGUGAUGAAUAAGAUACAUAAACUAGUCUCUGCAGGAAUUGUCCAGAUGAAAUGAAAUGACAAGAAACCAACUUGGAAAUAGGACACAACAAAAUUCAUCAUGUGAAUGUUUUUGUGUGAAUUUCACUGGUUUGAUGGUGAACUGGUCAACAUUUUGAUAAUUUUUUAGAUGCUUCCUUCUUGAAUCCCUUUUUGAUGGUAACUUGUUGGUUUUCUCCCUUUUUUUGUUUUCUUUUGGAUGUUUUCUAGCUGAUUAAAGAUACAGACUUUAAUUUGGCAAAAAUUUGUCUUCAACUGAUUGUCUAAAAAUGUCUUUUCAUCUCU